AUGACCAACCGGGGCAAUCCGGCAAAGAACGCAGCUCAUCAUCCGUCGUCUGCCCUCUCGGCCAGCUCUCACCAAGCGGUUCCGAGCGCCCCUCGCCAACGGAACCGCCACCUCUGCGCAUCCGGUGAUGCAGCUGAUGGACCCUCCGGAACGGCCAGCACGGUGGGAGUUGGUGCGGGCCACUAUCAUGCCUCCCGAAGCCCCGUGAGCAAUUGCGAAACACGGUCCGAGGCGGAAGAGUGGGAAAGCUCGAGGGCAAGGCACGCCGCAAACAAUGCAGCAGGCGGUACGGAGCUCGUCCAGUUCCUCGAAGAUUCGUGGACACAGAGUUGGUCUUCGAUACAGUCCUUCACCUCGAAUCUGAUAUUUGGCGGCGGAAAUCAUCCAAAGACGCCGCGAAGCUCAACCAAGAAUCCGGGCAGCCGGGCUAACUCCCGUCCAGACACUUGGGGCCCAGCUCCGCCGAUCAGACCGUCUGCUAAUCGUUCCGCUGCUGCUGCUGCUGCUGCCGCCGCCGCUUCUGCAUCACUGGCACAAAGGGAGGCGGGUUUGAAGGCCGCCAAGACGGCCAGUCUUCUAGAGAGCCAAGAGAGAGGGAACGGGGGCCUGGCUGGCACCGCGCGAUACAAGCGUCGAAGUUCUGACGAGAUUGUGCCCAGCGAUCCGCAACAUGAGGAACAGCUGGUGUAUAUCCACGAUGUUCAGCCCGAUGAUACAUAUGCCGGCAUAAUCCUUCGAUACAGGUGUCGUGAGGAUGUCUUUCGAAAAUCCAACGGCCUCUGGUCCAGAGACACGGUGCAGACGCGGAAGUGGUUGAUUGUACCCACCGACGCCUGUGAAAUCCGAGGACGACCCUGCAACGCUCCGUCAGCGCAGCAGGACUGCACAGAUCUUUUAGCUCCAACUCCAGCAGCGACCGAGGAUCCAUGGUCUGGCAGAGGAGACGCUCCGAGAAGCGACUUCUUUGGCCUGAACUCGGCCCCGCCGGCUGAUGCUCCUGGCUCUGGUCCGCAGCAGCAGGGUGGUGAAAGCGACAAGCCCUGGACGCACGUGCGUUGGGUGCAGAUUGAUUCGCUCAGCAGACCGAUACAGAUUGCUCGUAUGGCCCGGCAAAGCCUGGGAUACUUUCCCGCUCGGCGAAAAAAGAGCAUCAGGACGGGAUCGACCAGGUCAACACCGAGACAGAGCCUGGACCUGUCCACGGCCCCUCCUGGCUCCAUGGAAGGGUCACUCCCGUGCCGACACAGCUCAUUCGGCAGCCACGCCUUGGCUCCCGGUUCGCCCACGUCGUCGCGGAGUCGCGUAGCCAGCGAGCCGGCAGGUAGGCGACCUCAAUGGAUGCGCCGGCCUGGCGGUGUUGGCUCGAUGGGUAAGAGCAGUACAAGUCCCGGUCCCGAUCAAGAUUACUUCAACAACUGGACGAAAAAACAUCUACCGGGACUCAGCGUCGAAGGACUGCCUUCCAUGUCGGUCAUGGGCUCCGAAACCGCGCGCUUUGGAAUCACACAGGGCUCCACCAACAUUGUCGAGAGUCCGUUCGAAGAGGGCAGGGAUGCCGGUUCAGCAUCUCGGCAAGGCAGCGGGCUGGACAGGGCAGCAGCAGCUGUGGAGCAAUGGCUGCGUGGCGCCUUGGCGAGGAGGCCUGGCACGCCUCUGCUCGGAGGGCGAAUGAAGCCCAACAGCGCCGCUGCCGCUUCAGAUGAAGAAGUAACCGACCUGAUAGAGCUAACGGACGCAGCUAGCGAAGAGGAGAGGAUAGCAUGGGAUGCCACGGCAAGCCUGGCAGCAUCGACAGCCCUACACACCGCCAGCCAACACGAAGAUGGUGCAAACCUGAGAGGUCAGAGCCCACCUAAGCUCUGA